ACUGUCAGCCCUUAACUGGCAAACAUCUCGAGGUGACCCGGGUUGUGUGUGGGGGUCUUGCGGAUCGGUCUCAACGGUACUUAAACCUGGCUUGGUACGUGUGUGUAAAUUUUUAAUUGCACUGUAAUUUCUUCUGUCCCCAGCCCGCCCCCCCCCCUCCCACCCACGCCCGCAGACUUGACUGGCACGCGCCAGGAGCCCGGGCUCGGGCCCCUCGGCGCGUCUGAUUGGCUGCAGGGCAGCUCCCGUCUGCUCUGCCUGCGCCCUCAUUGGGCGAGAGGCGCAGCCAGCGGCACUUCAAAGCGGGUGCUCCUCGCACUUAGGCUGAGUUUUGCCGGCGGGAGCCCAGAGUCCGCUCGGCGCGAGCGCGGGACGCGGGAGCCGCGCGGGACCCGAGUUGCGUUUCCCAGCAGCCGCAGGGCUUAACACCGCUCCCGGCCUCGCCGCGCAGCCAAGAGACCUGCUAUGGCCACGUCUAUACUCGGGGAAGAGCCACGCUUCGGAACGACCCCGUUGGCCAUGCUGGCGGCGACCUGCAACAAGAUCGGCAACACGAGCCCGCUGACGACGCUGCCCGAGUCCAGCGCCUUCGCCAAAGGCGGCUUCCACCCUUGGAAGCGCUCGUCGUCCAGCUGCAACCUCGGCUCCAGCCUCUCCGGCUUCGCUGUGGCCACGGGCGGCCGCGGCUCGAGCGGCCUGGCGGGUGGCUCGGGAGCCGCCAACAGCGCCUUCUGCCUGGCCUCCACGUCCCCCACGUCGUCCGCCUUCAGCAGCGACUACGGCGGCCUCUUCUCUAACUCGGCGGCGGCGGCGGCCGCGGCGGCCGGCGUGUCCCCGCAGGAGGCGGGCGGCCAGUCGGCCUUCAUCUCCAAGGUGCACACGACGGCCGCCGACGGCCUGUAUCCGCGCGUGGGCAUGGCGCACCCGUACGAGUCGUGGUACAAGUCGGGCUUCCACUCGACGCUGGCGGCGGGCGAGGUGACCAACGGCGCGGCGUCGUCGUGGUGGGACGUGCACAGCAGCCCCGGCUCCUGGCUGGAGGUGCAGAACCCCGCCGGGGGGCUGCAGAGCUCGCUGCACUCGGGCGCCCCCCAGGCCUCGCUGCACUCGCAGCUGGGCACCUACAACCCCGACUUCAGCUCGCUCACGCACUCGGCCUUCAGCUCCACCGGCCUCGGCUCCUCGGCCGCCGCCGCCUCGCACCUGCUCUCCACCAGCCAGCACCUGCUGGCCCAGGACGGCUUCAAGCCGGUGCUGCCCUCCUACUCGGACUCCAGCGCCGCGGUGGCCGCGGCCGCCGCCAGUUCAAGGAUGCUCUCGGCCUUCUUUGUGAUUACUCAGUGCGGCGUCUUAUUCUGA